AGAGAGAGAGAGAGAGAGAGAGAGAGAGAGAGAGAGAGAGAGAGAGAGAGAGAAAGAGAGAGAGAUGUGCGCACUUGUUCACGGCGUAGAGAAACAGAGGUUAUCACAGGUGCAGAGACACAAAGAAGUGCAGGCGCCAGCAUACCCACGCCCUGAGGAGCAGAGAGUAAAAUAUGACCCUCUCCAGUGCCCCACCCCAGCGCAGAGGAAGCACCCCUCUGCCAAUCAAACACCAGCUACGAAGGGCAGGCCGCCGUUACGAGGCCCUUGUGCAGACACCAGGGCUGAGCGCGGCCUGCCCUUCUCCAAUCAGCUUCUGCCCUGCAGGGGAAGAGGCGGUUCUGCCCGCGGGGCAGGAGGGGCCGCUCCGCAUCGCCCUGCUGGGGCAGAACGGGGUGGGAAAGUCCUCCCUCGCUAGCGCCCUCGCCGGGCAGCUCGACAGAACUGCCUCCAUCGACUCUGAGGGAGAGGGCUAUAUUCGCACGGUCACUGUGGAUGAUGAAGAGAGCACCAUCAUCAUCUACGACAACUGGAGACAGGACCUGUCGGCCUUGCAGUGUGAGGUGUGUGUGCUGGUGUUCUCGGUGACGGACAGGCGAAGUUUUCACCGCACCGCUCAGCUCCGUCUCCUCCUGAGGGAGACCCAGCCUCAAACUCCCAUCAUCCUCGUGGGCAACAAGAGCGACCUGGUCAGGACCAGGGAGGUCAGCACUGAGGAGGCCCUGUCCAGCGCGGGGCUGUUCGAGUGCCUGUACCUGGAGCUCUCUGCCUCUCUGGAGCACGGAACGGAGGAGCUGCUGCAGGGGGCCGUGCGGCGGGCCCGGGGGGGCCCCCAGGGGCCAGGGGGGGCCGCCGGGGGCCUGGAGGACCAGCGCAGGGAGAGCCUCACCUCCAAGGCCAAACGCUUCCUGUCCAACCUGGUGCCCCGCUACCCCCGCGAGAGAGAGAGGUUCUACAGGCAGAAAUCACGCUCCUGCCAUGACCUGGGAGCGCUGUGACUGAGAGAGAGAGAGAGAGGAAGAGAGUGAG